AAUUAGAGGUAGGCUUAUGCAAAUUAAAGAAAGUAGAAACCAAUCUUUGGAACUACGAAUAUUAUAUAAGACGCAGUUAGGGUUUAUUAAGGGUCUCUGGAGCUAGACUUGAGUAGCCGCACGAUACAAGGAGUAGGAUAAGAAGAUGUCUCACAGGAAGUUUGAGCACCCAAGACACGGGUCCCUUGGAUUCCUUCCAAGGAAGAGAGCUUCUCGUCAGAGAGGAAAAGUGAAGGCUUUCCCAAAGGAUGACCCUACCAAGCCUUGCAAGCUUACUGCCUUUUUGGGUUACAAGGCUGGUAUGACUCACAUCAUGAGGGAGGUCGAGAAACCUGGAUCAAAGCUUCACAAGAAGGAGACCUGUGAGGCCGUUACAAUUAUUGAGACCCCUCCUAUGGUGAUUGUUGGAGUUGUGGGUUAUGUGAAGACACCACGUGGCCUCCGUUCUUUGAACACUGUCUGGGCUCAGCAUCUUAGUGAGGAGGUGAAGAGAAGAUUCUAUAAGAACUGGUGCAAGUCCAAAAAGAAGGCUUUCACAAAGUACUCAAGGCAGCUGGAGACUGAGGAAGGAAAGAAAAGUAUCCAAGCUCAGCUUGAGAAAAUGAAAAAAUAUGCAACUGUUAUUCGUGUCUUGGCCCACACUCAGAUCAGGAAAAUGAAGGGAUUGAAGCAGAAGAAAGCUCACCUGAUGGAGAUCCAGGUCAAUGGUGGGACUAUUGCUCAGAAGGUGGACUUUGCCUAUGGCUUUUUUGAGAAGCAAGUUCCAAUAGAUGCUGUUUUCCAGAAGGAUGAAAUGAUUGACAUCAUUGGUGUCACCAAGGGUAAAGGUUAUGAGGGUGUGGUCACUCGUUGGGGUGUUACCCGCCUUCCUCGCAAGACCCACAGGGGUCUCCGUAAGGUUGCUUGUAUUGGUGCCUGGCAUCCUGCAAGAGUCUCAUUUACUGUUGCCAGGGCUGGUCAGAAUGGAUACCACCAUCGUACCGAAAUGAACAAGAAGAUUUACAAGCUUGGCAAAGGUGGCCAAGAGUCCCACACUGCUAUAACUGAAUAUGACAGGACUGAGAAAGACAUCACUCCAAUUGGUGGUUUCCCUCACUAUGGUGUGGUGAAGGAUGAUUAUCUAAUGAUCAAGGGAUGCUGUGUUGGACCUAAGAAAAGGGUUGUCACACUUCGCCAGUCUCUGCUUAAGCAGACAUCUCGUGUGGCCCUCGAGGAAAUCAAGCUCAAGUUCAUCGAUACCUCUUCCAAAUUUGGCCACGGACGCUUCCAGACUACACAGGAGAAACAGAAGUUCUAUGGACGUCUCAAGGCAUAGUCGUCGAGCAAACAGAUAUCAAAUUUUGAUUUAUCCUAGUGAAUUAGUUGAUUUACAAUUUUUAUGCCAGAGGUGUUUGUUUUAGACAGCUGUGCGAUGGUUUCCUUAUUUUGGUUGUUUGAACUGCCAAGAGCUGUGAACUAUUCCUGAAUUUGAUGUUUCUGUUGAAUUACUUGUUAUUUUAAGUUGCUGAAUAGUUUUAUUUGCAAGGUCA